AUGAGUAUCAAAGCAUGUGGACAGCAUGACGCUGUCGACUUGCUUACCUUUGCCUUUGGCGGUUCGACGUCCUACGAUCCGACGCAGCCUCUGUAUAUAGACGCUGAGGAUCCUUCGUGCUGUCUAAAUGCAGAAGAGUUCAAGUCGCUGGUUCGUUCUUUGAUCGCAGGGCUGAAAGCUGCCGGAAUCCAGCCGGGGGAUUGCGUGUUACUACACUUGCCAAAUAGUAUUCUGUAUUCGGCUCUCUUCUUUGCUAUCAUCGGCGCCGGGGCCGUGUACAUGGGCUCAAACCCAGCAAGCCCAGCCUAUGAACUCAACCAUGUCUUCACAACUGCGCAGCCCAGACUGGUUAUAACCUCUGCUGACGCUCUUUUGACAGUCCUUGAAGUCUGUCCUGAAAGGGGAUUGUCUAAAGAUCAAAUAUACCUGCUAGAUAGCAACACGGUUAAGAGCAUUGUGAGAGAUGUUCGCGACUGUCAACUUCAUACUGACCAAGUCAAGAAAUGCAACACAAACACGCCCCGGAGCCUGUUGCAUCUUUUAAACAAUGGCGAAAGCAACUGGCACACAUUCGAAGAAACAACCGCGUCCAAAACCACCCCGGCAGUCAUGUUUCUUACCAGUGGCACUAGCGGGACCCCGAAAGCAGCUGUGCUGUCUCACAACUCGGUGAUUGCACAGCAUCUGAGCGCACAAUACGACGUUCCCUACAAACCGACUCGGCUAAUGUGUCUGCCCAUAUUCCACUCCUUUGGCGCACAAUGGGCUCAUAUUAGCCCUAUACGGUAUGGACAGCCAUCAUACGUGCUGCCCCGGUUUGACCCGGUUCUGUUUCUUGAGAUGGUUCGUCGAUACAAUAUUACCGAGACAUAUAUGGUUCCGACAAUGGUUCAUAUUCUGAACCGCUCGGCGCUAGCGUCAACGGCGAAUGUCGCUGGAUUCCUGACGUCAAUGCGAUAUAUAGGUGUUGCUGGGGCGUCGAUUGAUGCACCAUCGAUGCGACAGUUCCAAGACUUGCUUGAUCUGCAAGCAACUGUCGGACCAAUAUGGGGAAUGACAGAGACUGGAAUCGCGUUCAUCAAUCGUUUUGGCGAAUCGCAAAUUCCGGGAAGCAUAGGGAAGCCAACACCAAUGUUUGAAGCCCGUGUUGUAACCUUGGAUACCACCGCCCAGAUCAUUGACCGUGAUGAUUGUCCCGGAGAACUUGAGGUACGAGGCCCAGGAACUCUUCUUGAAUAUAAAGGGGGUACACAAGAAAGAAUAAAAGACGAAAACGGCUGGUUCAAGACCGGCGAUACUGUCUACGUGAAAGACGGUAAUUAUUUUAUGUUUGGCCGGACCAAAGAGUUGAUUAAAGUAUAUGGAUGGCACGUUGCUCCCGCCGAGAUCGAGGCGGUACUACUCAAACACCCUAGCAUCAAAGAUGCUGCUGUUAUUGGCAUACCCUUAAAAGACAGUAAUACCGAGGCACCUCGCGCCUUUAUCGUCCGAUGCAACACUCAAAGACCCUUUCUCACAUCGGAGGAAGUGUAUAGUUUUGCUCAGAAACACCUAGCAAGCUAUAAAGCUCUUGACGGAGGUGUUGUAUUUGUUACUGAAAUUCCGCGAACCGCAAGUGGCAAGGUUCUUCGACGGAAGCUGGCGGAAAUGAAUUCUCAUCGUGAAAAAUUGUCGUCGCUGCUUGGAAAGAGCAUUCGUAAGAUGCCGGGUACUGGCUUGCCGGAGAAGAAGAUAGCAAUAGAAUCCUUCCACAGGAGCUCCCCUAGAGAAGACUGUGAAUCGUUCUGCUACUGUUAG